AUGGCGGACGGCGCGGAGGCCCCGGUUCCCAAGGGGGAGGCGCUCAACAUCGUAGUGAAGGACGCCACUGGCAACGAGAUCCAGUUCAAGGUCAAGACUACCACUAAAUUUGGCAAGAUCUUUUCGGCGUACGCUCAAAAGAAGAACUUGGACGUUCGGUCAAUCAAGUGA